GUCCAGGCGCGACUCCGACGCGGCGAUCUGCCAUUAAAUUAUGUACGGUAUUCACUUGGUUCUCUUCAAGUUGUCAGACGGCCUGUUGCCAAGUCGCCACCGCUGUUUGCUUUAAUUCGAGUCUCAGACUACCCUACAGGCGUUCUUCGUUCGACUAUGGGUUCCAGCCGGAAACGACCAGCAGAAAAAGAUGCCUCAGACAAAUGUCCCAAACGCUCAAAACUUCAUAAGUCAGAUGCGCUGUCACCACCUUUGACGGUCACUGUACGAGGUCAGACUUUCGAACCAACACCUGUGUUCGAUACGUUUUGGCGUUUCGCGGCAGAAAGGCAUGCCAUAACCGAAAAGCGUCUCAAAGGCCUCCCCGCCCCAUGGACUGACGAUCCCAUUUUGCAAAUCUAUCCAUUCUGCAACACAUACCGGGUUUUGGACCGAGUGAGCCAAUACAUCAUCGCGGAAGUUAUCGAAAAAGGUUCUCAAGAUCCCACCGAACUUGUAUUUCGAAUUCUGCUUUUCAGCACUUUUACGAGCAUCAAUACUUACGAGACACUGCGAGGCGCCAUCAAACCUCUUACUUGGUCGACCUAUGAGCGAGCCAAUUACGAACGUGUCUUGCGUCGUUUGUACGAUGACAAGGUCGCGAUAUAUACGGGAGCUUAUCAAAAGCCUGCACCCAAUCUAGGUUUCGUGGAAAACUUCAUGAACCAUUUGGCUCUCGUGGAGGUCUUGAUGCAAGAGCUGCCCACACAAUGCGAAAAGGCUGAGUACGUCGCGGACGUCUUUGACUGGCUGUGUACUUUUAAAAGCAUGGGAGAUUUCACUGGGUAUCAGCUGGUGCUAAACCUUUCCUAUUCAAGCGUUCUGAACUUCUCGGACUACGAUUUUGUGGUCGUUGGGGUGGGUUCGCGUCGCGGCCUUCAACGCUGCUUCAAAGGUCAAAUUCCUCACGCGUGCGAGGUUGACAUAAUCCGAUGGAUGCAACUCACGCAGGCCGAGCAUUUCUCACGCCUGAACCUGAAGUUCAAUGGCUUAGGGCCCCGGGCUCGUCCUAUCAUGCUGUGCGAUGUCGAGCACAUCUUAUGCGAGGUUGAUAAAUACGUCAGAAAGCUCGCCACACCAUCUCGUCGCCCCUUUCACCCAUCCGGCACACUUGCAAAGAUGCGUCUUCCCAAGGCGUGGACACUUCCUGCACGGCAAUCGCUUCGUAUCAAAUGCCAAGAGGAGGCAGAAGUCGAGUACAUCGAGAAGUUUGUCGUGGACUCGAUUCGAUCCCACCGAGGAGUGGAUGGGGAAAGAGAAUUUUUAGUGCACUGGGAGGGAUAUAGUACCGAUGAAGAUUCAUGGGAACCUGAAGAUAUGCUCGCUGAUGAUGCACCUCAUGCCAUUAGGGAAUACUGGGAACAUUCACUAGUCUGAAAAGCAUGUUAAUGUAUGCCUUACUAUCAUCAUCGAUCUAGCAUCGAUUGCUGUGAAACCGCUCAUACAACAUAAUUAGCAUAUUUGACGGUGCCAGCUUUGCGAGAGUUUUUGUACUUACUUCACAUAAGUUUCUGUCUCCUUCAUAAUCUUCAGACGGUCAAACUGUCCAAAUACAUUGAUA